GUAUACAUCAAUACAUCAUACAUCACUACGUUGUCGUAUUGCUCGCUCGUUUUCUCUUCUUCGUUUCUCUGUCCUUUCGGUUCUGGCACUAAAUUCCUUCGUAAACGGCGGCCGCCACCGCCACCAGUGACGAUUGAUCCGGGGAAUCCAUCAAUGGCGGCGGCGCUUUCGGAGCUUGAUGAAGACACCGUGCGCAGCAUGGCGGUCGGAGCUGUGUUCAACGACUUCGGAGGGAAGAUAAACUCGGUUGAUUUCCAUCGUAAAGAUGAUUUGCUGGUGACGGCGAGCGACGAUGAUUCUGUUCGCCUGUACGACAUUGCAAGCGCCAAGUUACUGAAGACUACAUUUCAUAAGAAGCAUGGAGCUGACCGCAUUUGCUUUACUCACCAUCCUAGCUCUGUGAUUUGCUCUUCCAAAUACAAUUUGGAGACUUCUGGAGAAUCCUUAAGGUAUCUAUCGAUGUAUGAUAACCGAUGUCUUCGGUAUUUCAAAGGACACAAUGACAGGAUUGUCUCCCUAUGCAUGUCUCCCAUCAACGAUAGCUUCAUGUCUGGUUCGCUCGAUCACAGCGCCCGAAUAUGGGAUCUGCGUGUUAACGCAUGCCAGGUAGGUUUCCUUUCUAAAUGCAGCAAGAACACUAGCUUGUGUCAGCCAUGCUUUCAGGGAAUCUUACGGCUGAGAGGUCGACCAACUGUUGCGUAUGAUCAACAAGGUCUCGUCUUUGCUGUGGCUAUGGAAGGGGGUGCUAUCAAACUGUUCGACUCUCGUUCCUAUGACAAGGGGCCUUUCGAUACAUUUCUAGUUGGGGGAGACACUGCUGAGGUCUGCGAUAUCAAGUUCAGCAACGAUGGGAAGUCCAUGCUGUUGACAACAAGCAAUAAUAACGUUUAUGUGCUUGAUGCAUAUGCAGGAGAAAAGGUUAGCUUUCCUGUGAAUGCAACUCUACGAUCUCUAGCCACAACGCUGUGGAUUCAGCAUGGAACCGUCUCCAAACACAACCAUAGAGGCGACUUUUACCCCGGAUGGCCAGUAUGUAGUAUCAGCUACGAUCUCAUGUUCUUGUUAGGCUCGGGAGAUGGGACAUUGCGUGCUUGGAACAUCAACAAACCAAACGAGCCGGUGGCAUGCUGGAGCAGCCAUAUAGGUGUUCCAUCUUGCUUGAAAUGGGCUCCUCGACGGGUAAUGUUCGUCGCUGCAUCUUCCGUUCUUACGUUCUGGAUCCCCGAUACUACCAAACCAUCAUCGUUGGCAGAGGCACCAGCACCACCAGUCGAGGGCGGCAGUGGAGCUAUGCCCAACCAUCCUCCACUGUGACCCUUUUCGUGUCUUGUUCUUCCCAGUUAAGAGGCUGAUCAGUAGUUUAAUCAAGGUCCUCGCUUUUGUAGAGAAUCAAGAGUUGUUGUAAUAGUUCGGUUUCAUCACCAACUAAACCGAAACAGGGGAAACAGAGUCGAACAGUAGAAAGGAGGAAAACAGAGCGAUUCAGAAAAAAAACUAAACCACCAAAUGUUGCUUGCUUACAUUCACAACCCAGAAAGAAAGGAAGAAGCGAGAAAAGACCUUAAAAAACUCAUCAAACUACACGCAAAAUAAACCCAACUCCGGAACUCCAACCAGCAUCCCAUCUUGGAUCUUCCUCAUUCGUUCCUUCAUUUCGUCUCCUGAGCUUUCCUCUGGAUCUCCUGCCCGACCUCCUUGGUCUUCUGCCCGGCAUACCCAGCUGCAUCCUGCAUGCGCCUCUUGGCCUGCUCCAUAGUCUCCGGCACAGCUUGGCUCGCCUGAGGAACAAUAGUACAUAGCGAACCAUGACAACGCAGUCAGCCCCGUGGCCCCAGCAAGCCCCGAGGUCAAGAAAGCGGUGACGGCAAACGCAACGAGCAGAGCUGCAGGGACGAUAACAGGGCUGCAGAUGAUGAACACGGGAGUGGCGACAGCCAAUCCGAUGAGAGUCCCGAAGAGGAUUAUCCCGGCCAGCGCCAGGAGAGUGCCACCGACGGGGAGCAUGGUGACGACUGCAAGCACCUUUGAAGGUGAAGGUCCUGUUCUCUGGUGUGGGUCGCCCUUGAGGCCGCCUCCAUAACGGCCUCCACCGCCAUAAGCAUCGAAGCGGUGCUGCUGUCCACGAUCCCCCAUUGUCGCCAUUUUUUCUUUUGCGGGUAUAAAGCUUGAGCCUUUACAAGAAGAAUAAAGAGCUUUGGAAGGGUUUUAGAUGAGUGGUGAGAGGAAUCGGUGAGAGGGAGUAGGGGUGGUGGGGGAGUUAUACAGUGAGUGAAGGAGGGGAGAGUGACACGUAGAGAGGUGA